UUUAGAAAAAUAUCAAUUAGUUAUUUUAUUAAGCGAUGAUACUAACCAACCUUUUAUUCACGAAAAAGAUGGUAAAGAACAUUUUAUUAAAUAUCUCAAAAGAUUAGAAAUAGUUGACACUGAAACACCCGAAAGCAG